AUGAUUAAUAAUCAUACUGCAAAAAAACCAACUGUUAGCUCAUCAUUUUAUGAUAGUUAUACAUCGCAACCGGUCAAAUGGUAUGAGAUAGUCGAUAGUUAUCGACAAUAUACUGAAACAUAUCUUCCAAUACGAUUAGAAAAUUUUCCAAGUGACUUAUGGGAUAAUUUAAAAAAAUUUUUUAAGACAAGUGAACCCAUAGAAGUAAUCGAUGAUGAAGAUCCCGUUGAAGAAACUCAACAGACACGUAAUGAUGGUAAUAUAAUUAAACUAACACAAUACAAUGUAAAACCGGAGAAAUUCGAUUCGCGUAUAUCUGAUGCUGUGCGAACGCAUUCAGAAAAGGUUGAUAGUUUUGAUAAUCGCUCACAGAUUCCACUAGGCGCCGCCAGUGGUAUUCACACAAUUUCACCACCACCUGAUCGAGAUCGUGAUCGUGAACGUCGUAGUCGUCGUCAUCGGCAUAGAGGUCAAGUUUUACCAACUAUGGACGAUUGUCCUGAAUGCCGAGCUGCAGCUGCUCAAGGCUUUCCAACCAUGUGUGACUGUGGUGAAUGUCGAGCUAAACGAGCGGCAUAUCCAAAUCGAACACCCUACUGUGAUUGCUCUGAAUGCCGUAGUACAUAUCGAACAAAUUAA